UAAUCAUUGACUUCUACCCUCUCUCCACUUCAGGUGUGAUCGCUACCAUACAAUGAAGCUAAGCAUUUUCACUGUUAUCGCUCAGGCCUCUCUAGGCUUGGCCCUUGUACGACGUGAUCUCGGACGCAAGAACGUUGAGGUUGCGGAGGUCAAAGGCACCCAGCAGAAGGUCGACUACGAAAACCAGGAGAUCGUUUUUGCUGACCCUGCAUCCGACUUUGAGGAUGUCUUCCGCUGCUCCAAGCGCCUCGGAAAGCAACUCACGUUCAAUGUGGACAAGACGUUCGUGGCCUGCUGUGGGGUUGGCCAGGUUCUACUCGGUAGCCCGCAGACGGCGUUCGAUUGCUGUGGAUCUGGUCUUGACCUUGUAGGAGAUACGAGCACGGGUUUUGCAUGCUGUGCUUCGAGUGAGACCUACGAUGGUUCCAAAUGCAAGCCGAAGGUGAAGGUUUGCGCCAAUGGGAAAGUCCUCGAUGCAGCAAACGAGGAGUGUGUCUGUCCCUCGGGCACAGCUGAGGCUUCUGACGGCGGCUGCCUCGCAACAUGCAGUUCGGGUGUUUCAGCAGGAAAGUGCUACGUCUUUGCCUGGGAGAACGGCUACCGGUUUGGCUACAACGAUCGCGGUUGGUACAGCGCAGCCAAGGACGGCCGCAAUCACAGAUUUGGCAAGUUUCAGCUCUGCAAAGACCAGACCUGUUCCGCAAGCGGAGAUAUCAAUCCCAACGAUGCUUUCCGCAUCAUGGAUAUCCACGGCCAGGCCAACAGCGGGCAAAAUGCCAACCAAUGGCUCAACGACGCAAAGGAUUUCGGAAACAUCGGAAAGACGUCUGAUUACUCUCGUGCUGGUGUAUUCACCAUCACCAAAUGGGCCUGUGGCAGGUACUGUCUCGGUGGGUUUGCGGCAGGCUUGGGUCCCUCGUACCCCAGCGACGAAGCUUCCGCCAUGUUUACCUCGCUGGACAACCAAGCUUGUAUCCCCAUCGAUAUUACCGAGGUUCCCUGCGAUAUCCACAGUGUGCAGAAUAAUUGCAUCACUCACAACGCCUCGGUGCCAUGUCUCCUUGGAAAUAACAUGGACCGGGGAAGCUGUGAUGGCUCUAUCUCUGGGGGCAGUGGAGGAGGCACAGCCGUUUCCAACCAAACGAAAUCUCCACCAACCCCGGAUGGCUGUGAUCCGUCAGCGAACGUCAAGCCGAUCAAAGACGGUGCAACCAGGGCGGACCCUUGCAAAGGCGAUACUAGCUACAAUGAGGAUGACUUCCCCUGUAGUAAGGGCAAGGAGAAACCCUGCCGCGGAGCCCAAGUCAAGGGAUGGACUGCUGCAACACUCCCAUGGGGAGGCGCUUAUGUGCAGCCCGGUCCACCGAAGCCCCACGAAAUGUGGGUAGAGUACGACUUCCCUGUGGUCAUGAGUAUUGUCGACGUUGAGGCCCAGUCUGAGCAUUUCCUUCUCAAAUUGGACGACAAGUUCUUGGGUGAGACGGGUGGCGAGAACGGCUACAAGAAUGAGUACGUUGGCCAGUACUGGGACGCAGAGUGGUGCUUGACCAACGGGUACACUCGAGGCUACUUCCGCAUUCCUGCCGGCCGGCAUAAGAUCACUAUUGAGUGGCCACAGGGCACCGGAAAAUACAAAACCAAUGCUGGUGGUGCUUGGUGGUACGGUAUUGCGAAGUACAGAUUUGACCGUCUUUGUGACUCGAGCCAGUGCACAUAGCGCUACUCUUGCUAAUUAAGAGGUGGGUCGGGAAUGAAUCUGAGGCGGUCAGGCGCUUAAUUUCUGUGUCCGAGAAAAUAUGGAACGAUAGGGCUCCUGUUCAGGAAUUUUGCGAAUGCCACAAGCUAGAAUUGACGGAUGAUUCGUGGGAUAAUGCCCCGUCCCCUGUGAUUUCCCUUCAUCCCGGCGUGCAUAAAACAGUUAAUCCGGAAACAUCUCC